GUUUUGCAGCGUCGUCAUCACGUGCUAUGUCGCCUCCGAUGCUGACUCAAGUUGCACAAAUGCUCGCUGCUCAAAGAAGAGGCGCAGCCCGAGCCCUUGUCGACUGCGCGAUCUUUCCCAUUCUUCUGCCCGCUGCAUGUCUGAUCAGGUCGUUUCAGUGCGCGAAUUUGGUCCCACAAUCAAGUCCUCGUCCUGCUUGUUCCCCCGAAGCGAACAGGAUAGGGCCAGAGCUGUGAUUUGCUACUGCUUACAGAGGACCUGGCUCGUACCCCUUAGCAGCUCCUCACAGGCUCAAUCUCCGCAAUGUCGUAGCACGCGGUUAUCCACAUAAAUACCACCCUUUUGCCGUAUACCGUCUUCUCAUCUGCAGGAUAUCUAAAGUCUUUGUGAGGAUGUCUCUCAAACGCCUCAGAAGCAUCGUCAAGAACAGUCGGUCAGAUACGGACACCUCCAUGCCCUCGGUAGAUGAGAAUGAUGGCAGCACCGAUGCGCUUUUUCUCCAGCUGCCGCAGGAAAUCCGGAUGCGGAUUUACCAGCACGCCUUCUCAAGAACCGCUGUAGAACAAUUCAAGGCCCUUCAUUUCGGCCCGCAAACCAACUCAGCGAGCGGGCUAAUGCUCACAUGCCGUCAAAUCUACACAGAAGCCGCAGAACUCUACGUGGAAGACACUGUGGUUAGCCUUUGGCCUCAAUCUCGCCACGAUGCGCUCCCGUACAACAGCUCUGAUUUCAAAACAAAGCCUUUUUUGAAAGCGUGGAUGAUGUCGCGCCAUGGCAUCGCCGUCAAGGAGCACCCGGAGACCCUUCGACAACUUGAACUUCAUUUCACCUUGACGCGAGACACGCGAGCGUUCUGCGAGAAGUUUUUCGAAUCAAAGCUGUUGCGCAAUCAUCACUCCAAGAUAAAGCACAUCUAUUUGAGAAUAUGCAUCUGUGGGGCGCUGCAAUGGCUGCACGAAAGCCCCGAAAACGUCAUGUCGUUUUGUUUGGCGCUUGAGGCUUUUGCGCACGCCUUCCCUGCACUGGAGCGGAUCCAUAUCCUCUACUGUGGCCAGCAGUGGCCGGUAUGGAUACAAGCCCUAGGCAACGUCCCAUUCCCCGAGAUUGCAUUUGCUAGGCACGAAGUGAGGAUGUUUUCUGGAGCGAAUUGGAGUAUAAGACGUGCAGAUGCUAGGAAGAGAACGUGGUGCCCCACAGUUAGUCGAGAUCCUUCACAAGUUCAGCCUCCCGCAGGCGUUGAGGCUCUUCAGUCUGAGGAUGAAUGUGCAUUCAGCGCUGUCAUGACGUGGAACCACACAGCUGCACAUCCGGGGGAGAGAACGGAGCUGGUUCCGUGGAAGGAAAGAUCUAUCAGCGUAGACUAUUACGAUAGCUGGACUGUGUUGAAGGAUCGAUGUGUGAGGAACAAACCUCAUCAGCCCAAGUCCGGAUCUGAACCAAUCGGCCGUUCCAAGUUGACUACGAAACCUACAGGCAUUCAAAGAGUUGUAAAUCGAGUCAAACACAGCGUAGAAGCGACACCUUUGGGACCCACGUGGGGAAUAUACAAGUACAUUCCAGAAACUAGAGCAGUAGCAUCUAUGAAUCGAGGUUCGCAUUGGCGCAUGUACUAAUGUGCCGAACACGUCGCAGAAGCAUAAUGGAAGUCUUGGCAAAGUCAACUUUUUUUUGGGUCUAUUGUGGUCAUAAAAAAAAUCACCGGGAUUUCCGUGUGACAUGCUGUCGUGCCAGCAUACCGUUUCCGAACCGUGUCUUAUCAUAACAAAUGUGAAUCAACAUAUCAACAACAUCGCCUACUGUUUACUCGUCUUC